GGGGACAUGGCCAGAAAGGCUCUCAAGCUUGCUUCAUGGACCAGCAUGGCUCUUGCUGCGUCUGGCAUCUACCUUUACGGUAACAAGUACCUGGACCCUAAUGACUUUGGCGCUGUCAGGGUGGGCAGAGCAGUUGCUACGACAGCCGUCAUCAGUUACGACUACCUCACCUCCCUGAGGAGUGUCCCCUAUGGCUCAGAGGAAUACUUGCAGUUGCGAUCCAAGGUGCACCUCCGCUCUGCCAGGCGUCUCUGUGAGCUCUGCUGUGCCAACCGGGGCACCUUCAUCAAAGUGGGCCAGCACCUGGGGGCUCUGGACUACCUUCUGCCAGAGGAGUACACCAGCACUCUGAAGGUGCUACACAGCCAGGCCCCGCAGAGCAGCAUGCAAGAGGUCCGCCAGGUCAUCCGCGAGGACCUGGGCAAGGAGAUCCAUGAUUUGUUCAUGAGCUUCGACGACACCCCUCUGGGGGCAGCCUCCCUGGCCCAGGUCCACAAGGCGGUGCUGCGUGACGGGCGGACAGUGGCCGUGAAGGUCCAGCACCCAAAGGUGCAGUCUCAGAGCUCGAAGGACAUUCUCCUGAUGGAGGUGCUUGUCCUGGCUGUGAAACAGCUAUUCCCAGAGUUUGAGUUUAUGUGGCUGGUGGAUGAAGCCAAGAAGAACCUGCCUUUGGAGUUGGAUUUCCUCAAUGAAGGGAGGAAUGCUGAGAAAGUGGCCCAGAUGCUGAAGCACUUUGACUUCUUAAAGGUCCCCCGAAUCUACUGGGAGCUGUCCACCAAGCGGGUCCUCCUGAUGGAGUUUGUGGACGGCGGGCAGGUCAAUGACAGAGACUACAUGGAGAGGAACAAGAUCGACGUCAACGAGAUCUCACGCCACUUGGGCAAGAUGUAUAGUGAGAUGAUCUUUGUCAAUGGCUUCGUGCACUGCGAUCCCCACCCGGGCAACGUGCUGGUGCGGAAGCACCCGGGCACGGGCAAGGCAGAGAUUAUCCUGUUGGACCAUGGACUCUACCAGGUGCUCACAGAAGAGUUCCGCCUGGAUUACUGCCACCUCUGGCAGUCUCUGAUCUGGACUGACAUGAAACGGGUGCAGGAGUACAGCCAGCGCCUGGGAGCCGGGGACCUCUACCCCUUGUUUGCCUGCAUGCUAACGGCCCGGUCGUGGGACUCCGUCAACAAGGGCAUUAGCCAAGCCCCGGUCACUGCCACUGAGGACACAGAGAUCCGCAACAAUGCGGCCAACUACCUCCCCCAGAUCAGCCAGCUCCUCAACCAUGUGCCGCGCCAGAUGCUGCUCAUCUUCAAGACCAACGACCUGCUGCGUGGCAUCGAGGCCACCCUGGGCAUCCGCGCCAGCGCCAGCUCCUUCCUCAACAUGUCACGUUGCUGCAUCAGGGCGCUGGCCGAGCACAAGAAGAAGAACACCUGUUCAUUCUUGAGAAGGACACAGAUCUCCUUCAGCGAGGCCUUCAGCCUGUGGCAGAUCAGCCUUCACGAGCUCAUGCUGCGUGUGAAGGGACUGAGGCUGCCCAGCUGGGCCGUGGCCCUGCUCUGCUGGCUGUUUCCUGCUCCACACUGAGUGGACUUGUGCCCCUUGCCCCUUCCUGGUGUCCUUUCACUCCUCAGUCCCUUUUUUUGCUGCGUGGUGGCCCCAGGGCCAUUGUCCAGGACACCGUUAUACUCCACCUUUGGAAUUCCACUGCCACGACGGGGCCCUUGUCUCAGGGCCUCAGGCUGAAUUGCGGAGUGGCUUUCUCGCCUUGUCCCAGGGAAGACUAAGCAGCCCACUUUCCCAC